AAUAAAAAAAAGUCAAAAUGGAGUGGAGUCCAUCCUUCUUAAUAUUAACCUAUUAAUGUAUAAAUCUACUGUAUUUUUCAGCUGUUUGUAUAAGCUUACAGACAUUUGUGAUAAUGGAUAUAUUCACCUACAUCAACUCUUCUCUGCUCAUCAGUCAUCGCCCUCUGAACUCAUCUCAGACCGAUAAGACUGUGUAUGCCACCUGUGCAGACAUACCAGCAGGCGUUAUCUUCUACCUGUCAAUGCAGUUUAUCAAUAUGUUCCUGGGCAUCCCAGCCAACAUAAUGGUUGUGUGGCUCAUUCAGAAGAAGAGACGCGAGUCGUCCACAUCAGACAUCUUCAUCGCCCAUCUUGCUGUGCUAGACAUUUUCUUUUGUCUCAUUCUUCCUCUGGAAUUCGCAAGCAUUGUUUAUUUGACUACCAGCAGCAACUGGUACGCCCUGCGUUUUUUCUAUGGUGUCAAAGACUUUUCGCCCCUCUUCUUGUCCUGUAUCUCUUUAGACAGGUAUAUGGCUGUAAUGCAUCCCAUUAUCUUCACCAAACUAAAGGACACAUGGCAUCGGCCUGUUUCCGUUGGUGUCUCGUGGUUUGUGAUUUUGGUAUACUCUGCAGCGAAGUGUGUAGGAACCAUUCCAAACUUUGAUAAAGUCUUCACCGUCACGAUCCUCGUUGUAUUCGUCUUCAUGGUGUUCUGUAACAUCUCCAUUCUUUGGGCUCUAAGACAGUCGGCUCCAGGACGAGACAAGAGACACCCUAUCAAGAAAAAGGCCUGUAAGAUGGUGGUCAUCAUUCUGAUGAUCAUUGUCUUUAGCUACUUGCCACCUGUGGCUCUCUUUCCAUUCAAAGACUAUUUUUCUCCAGACAUCUACAAAUGCUCCGUACAAUAUAUCGCCUUUGGCUUCAUGGACCUUAGUAGUACCACCCAGCCGAUGUUAUAUCUGUCCCAGGGAAAACUGCCCGCGGCUCUGGCGUGCUGCUGUAGCUCCGUGGAGAAUGACACUGAACGUGCUAAUGCAAAUGGUCCUGGAAAUGCCUGAUGCUGUAAAACACCAGUGACACCAGAUUAAUUAGAUCAUUAGAGAAACCCAAUAUAUGUAAAUGCAGUUUCACAUAUGUGACACAAUCUCUGAAAACCCAGCUAAAGUCUUUUUUCAUUAUUUACUGAUUUCUACAUAAAGAACAUUUUAUGAAUACAACUUUGAUAACACUGAUUGAAAUCAACGAGAAAUUAAUGAUUUAUUGAAGAUAAUCAGAUUAUGAGACUUUAAUCUGGAUUUCACAGACAGGGU